UUGCCGGCGGAGUCUAAAGGGCUCCGGCGGCAGCAAGUGGCCAGAGCUGUGUGCGGCGGUGUAAGGCCGUGCGGCGGCUCCGGCACCAUGCCUGGGAUGGUGCUCUUCGGCCGGCGCUGGGCCAUCGCCAGCGACGACUUGGUCUUCCCUGGGUUCUUCGAGCUGUUCCUAAGAGUGCUGUGGUGGGUUGGCAGCCUGACUUUGUACCUCAUGCACCGGCAGAAACUGGACUGUGCUGGCGGAGUCCUGCUCAGCACUUACCUGAUAGUUCUCAUCAUUCUCCUGACAGUUAUCAUAUGUCCCGUGCUGGCCAUCGUGUGUGUCAGCAUGAAGGGAACCAUUUGUAAUCCUGGGCCACGGAAGUCUAUGACUAAGCUGCUGUACAUCCGCCUGGCACUCUUCCUGCCAGAGAUAGUCUGGGCUUCUCUGGGGACCGCCUGGGUAGUGAAAGGAAUCCAGUGUGACAGGACAGUUGUCACUGGCAUCAUUGCCACCGUCAUCGUCAGUUGGAUCAUUAUCGCCGCCACUGUGGUGACCAUUGUCAUUGUCUUCGACCCACUGGGAGGGAGAAUGGCCCCAUAUUCCUCUGCCAGUCCCGGUCACCUGGAUAGUAAUGAUUCGAGCCAGUUCCUUAAUGGCCUCAAGACCGCAGCCACGAGCGUGUGGGAAACCAGAAUGAAGUUCUUGUGCUGUUGCGUGGGGAAUGACGACCACACUCGAGUUGCUUUUUCCAGUACGGCUGAGCUUUUCUCAACCUACUUUUCAGACACAGACCUGGUGCCCAGUGACAUUGCGGCAGGCCUGGCCCUCCUCCAUCAGCAGCAGGACAACAUCAGCAACAGUCAGGAUCCUCAUGAGGUGAUCAGCCACUCCCCAGGCCACUCCCAGGAAGCUGACCUGGAUGCAGAAUUAGAAAACUGCCACCAUUACAUGCAGUUUGCAGCAGCCGCCUAUGGGUGGCCUCUCUUCAUUUACAGAAACCCAUUCACAGGCCUUUGCAGGAUCGGUGGUGACUGCUGCAGAAGCAGAACAACAGAGUAUGACCUGGUUGGAGGUGACCAGCUCAACUGUCAUUUUGGCUCCAUCCUGCAGACGACGGGGCUGCAGUACAGGGACUUCAUUCACGUCAGCUUCCACGACAGGGUCUAUGAGCUGCCCUUCUUAGUGGCUCUGGAUCACAGGAAGGAGUCUGUCGUCGUUGCCGUGAGAGGGACCAUGUCUCUGCAGGACAUCCUUACUGACCUGUCCGCAGAAAGUGAGAACCUUGACCUGGAAAUUGAGUUGCAGGACUGUGUGGCCCACAAGGGCAUUUCUCAGGCCGCCAGAUAUGUGUACCGACGACUCAUCAACGACGGGAUCCUCAGCCAGGCCUUCAGCGUUGCCCCCGAAUACCGGCUGGUCAUCGUGGGACACAGCCUGGGGGCAGGAGCGGCAGCACUGCUGGCCAUCAUGCUCAGGAGGUCCUACCCGCAGGUGCGGGCCUACGCCUUCUCCCCGCCCCGGGGGCUGCUGAGCAAAUCUCUUUAUGAGUACUCCCAGGAUUUCAUUGUGUCACUUGUCCUAGGAAAGGAUGUGAUUCCCAGGUUAAGCGUGGCCAACAUGGAAGAUCUGAAGAAGAGAAUCUUGCGCGUGAUCUGUCAGUGUAACAAGCCUAAGUACAAGAUCUUGCUGCAUGGCUGCUGGUAUGAGCUGUUUGGCGGGAACCCCACUAACUUGCCAACUGAGCUGGACGGGGGCAGCCAGGGGGCCUUGUCGCAGCCUCUUCUGGGGGAGCAGAGUCUGCUGACACAACAGUCCCCAUCCUACAGCUUCUCCAGUGACUCCCCCCUGGACUCUUGCCCCAAGUACCCACCUCUGUACCCUCCCGGCAGGAUCAUCCACCUGGAGGAGGAGGGCGCCACAGGGAGGUUUGGCUGCUGUUCUGCUGCUCAGUACAGAGCGAGAUGGUCACAUGAAGCGGCAUUCAGCAAAAUACUCAUAGGCCCAAAGAUGCUGACGGACCACAUGCCAGACAUCCUGAUGAAAGCCCUGGCCAGCGUGGUCGCGGACAGAGCAGCCUGCCUCUCCUGUCCCGGGCAAGGUGGCUCUGGUGUGGAUGUGGUGUAAUCAGGCCUGUGGGGAACUGUCCCAGAACCAUGGGCUCACAUAGUUGUUCUCCGAGUAACAAAGCGUGAGGGAUUUCUGUGGAGCCAGGACAAUACUGUCCACCAGCGGGAACCUGGACACCACGCAGCUCGAUGGCUUCAAGCAAUGCAUAGUAUUAUUACCGGGCUCAGGAUUCAGGGGAGAGCGCAGGGGGCAUGGGAGUCGAGACAGCAAUGGUGUUGCAAGCCCCCCGUGACCACCUGAGAACUGUCCUAGCAGGACAACAGUGUUGGAGGGCCCUAAGGGAAUCUGUAGCCUCCCCCUCGUGGUCUUGCCCUGCCACUAUUUGUCUUAAGUGUGAACUUAGAUAAGUGUGCACUAUUUGGGUUCCUCCUUCAUCCUCAAAUGAAGAUGGAGGCAGGCCAGAAGGUAAGCAGGACUGCCCUACUCCUGAGCCCAGCGCUCCAGCCUCUUGUUUCUAUGUGUGGGUGACUGAGGCCUCAGGUCAUUGCCAGGUCCUAUAUUCUGGCUGAGGCCAGCCAGAGGGCUCAGGGGCACUUUAAAACAAUAAAGCACUUCUACAUCACCAGUGUCUGUAUGUCGUUUUCAGGCAGCUCCACUGGGUGGGUUUAGAGGAAUCAGGUUUGAAGUGGUUUUUCCUGUCUACUGUGAACAAAAAUGCAAUGAAGCUUGUUUCACAUUCUGGAUAACUGAAGAUCGCAUGGUACCAGCUUUCAAAGGGUUUCUCUAAAGCGUAAGCUUACCACGGGGUGAGAAAAAGAAGUGCAAUGAACAUGGCUCAGGUGGUGGAGAAUGAAUCCCAAGGGCAGAGGAGGAGCGCUAACCUGGCUCCCGGGCCGGCACCUGCUGGGUGCUGUGGGUCAAAGUGGUGCUGGAGGAAACCUGGCCCCUCCUGUGGGGGCCACACCAGCAGCGGAAGGAAGGAGUGACCAUCCUUGGCUGCUCCCACUCCCUGACCUUCAGGACUGGAAAUAUGACCUCAGGAGAGGCCUUCUGUCACUGUCACAGAGGGAUCCAAGCCUAGGUGGCCAAACCUGUAACCCCAGUGCUCAGGAGUAGUUCAGGGCCAGCCUGUGCUACACGAGCUGCAAGGUUCCCUCUAAACACAAUUCCUGCACCUCCCUGGUGCGGUUUUCAACCUGGGCCUUAAGCACAACCCAUCAGGCACAGGAGGAACGAGACCCACAGCCGCAAAGGCACGCGAGCACAAGCUCCAAAUGAUUCCCGUUGCUCCUGGAGCAACCACAAAACUCCCAAGAGGCUGACAAAUAGAGUGAAGAGAACACCUGAGAAGUGAAAACAUGAGCUAAAGAAAGCAUUCCAUGAGGUCAGAUACGACAGUUCUAGAAAGAACAGAGAAUGGAGACUAUGCAUUUCCAGAUGCAAAGAGCCCAUCAAGUGCAGAGCACAGCUAAUGGGGAAAAAAAAAAAGCCAGGACCUGGAGGACAAAAGGAAACCUCAGCGUUACAAACAAAGCGUGUCUUCGUGCAAUGGAAGAAGUGUCUUCAGCUGGCUAGAUGCAGCCAAUGUCACAUAGGAGAGAGGUGUCCUCAAAGAUGGAAGUGCUCAAAAGCUUAACUUCCCAUUUUCAGAAAACCAAGAAGAUCAUCAAACUGAAGCAAGCAAAUCAUGAGUUUGGAGUGCAGAAGUAAAAUGCAAACUCGUGAGAAGUCGGUCGGGUGAUUCUGAGGCUUAG